AUGACUCUACCCCAACAACCAGUCUACGUGAUCGUCCCAUCAACGGGGCCCUCAACUGAAAGCGACCGACUCCUCCUUCGCCCAAUUACCGACGCCGAUGCCGCAGCACUUUUUGCCAUUCGUUCCCGGCCCGAAGUGACAGAAAUGAACUCUCCAAAUACACCAUUCAAAUCAAUCGAAGAAACCCGUGAUUGGAUGGCAACCAAAGUAUUCACAAGUGGUCCAUCCGAUAUCAUCGGCCGUUCAUUUAAUUAUGCCAUUGUGGACAAAUCAAUUUCGAAAACAGAGGAGCAAGUCAUUGGAUCCCUCAGUUUCAACCAGGUAGACCCUUUCCCUGAGAUUGGAUACGCAGUGCAUCCAUCUUGUUGGGGGAAAGGGUAUGCAACCGAAGCCUUGCAAUUGAUGUUGAAGAUGUGGUGGAAUCUUGCGCGUCGAACAAUUGACGGUGAAGAUGCUUGUGCAGCAGAGGCUGAGAAGGCCUUUGCUCUUUGCGAAAAGAGGAACACUGGGAGCCGCCGUGUACUAGAAAAGUGUGGCUUCAAUAUCGUGGGGGAUUUCCAAGAGGAGGGAGAUGACCUUUUUAUAUUUGCGUUAAAGCGGCCAUGA